CCAAGCUUUUUUAUUAUAUUUCCCAGACAGAGGAGAGGACAAUUCAAAUGGGAAUCCCUCCCUCACUCUCUCGCAAGUCUACUGCAGUAACUUGAAGAAGAGAACUUGAAAUUUUCCGAAAACAAACAAACUCAACGCUUCCUGCUUGCAAGACCAAGCAAGCAGACAACUCUCUCCCAAGACACCACACACAACUCCAACCACUCACUCAUAUCCUUCUUCUUCCUCUUCUUCUCCUUACCACCGCAAAAACAUUUAAAAAAAAAAAAAAAACUCUUUCUUUCUGUUUCAAUCGCCAUGACUGGCCCCAGCAAAUCUUCCUCCAUUGCAAUUGCAAGGCAAUUCUCUUAUCACUCCGUCUAUGUGAACCCCCUCAACCUCAACGAUGAUCCCGAGCACGACCGGAGCUCCACCCAAGACCCUGCUCUUGACAACAAAGAGAAUGUCACCCCCAACAAAAAAAAGUCAGUCCCGAUGCUUGGUGACAAAGAGAACUCAGCUCCCGCUCCCACCAACGGGUCGUCCGCUGCUCUGAAGAAGCCCUCCUCUCCCUCCAGUAAGGUGCUCAAGCCAUCCUCCCUUCAGUUCUGCAUGCAAAUGAACGAGCCUGAUUCGGCUUUCUGGUCCAAGUUCCGGGACCCCAUCGGGUCGGAGAAUUCGAAUUCUGCAAAUAUAUGGGACUUUUCUGAUUCGGAGGCAGCUCCAGCUUCUUCCUGGUCUACUCUGCCUAACAGGACCUUGUUGUGCAGGCCAUUACCGAUGGACAUAGGGAGGUGUACUUGUGUUAUUGUGAAGGAACCUUCGGCCGACGGAGUAAAUGGGGGAACUCUAUAUUCACUUUACACCAAUGAAGGCAAAGGGCGGCAGGAUAGAAAACUAGCUGUUGCCCUCUGCAAGCGGCGGAAUGGGAAGUCUAUCUUCACCAUUGCUCAAUCGAUAAAGGGAGUAUUGUCUAAUGCCGAUGAUAGCUAUAUUGGAGCUGUAACAGCAAACCUCAUGGGCUCAAAGUACCAUAUAUGGGAUCAGGGUAUAUGUUUGAAUUCAGUGGCCAAACAGUCCAAAACUCUUUUGGCCGUCGUAAUGUUCCUCCCCACCAUAGCCACAUGGACUGGAAGUUAUCGGACCAUGAGGGCGUACAUUCCCAAGCACCAGUCUAUGCAGCUUAAGAGUGCAACUCAUGUCCAGCACAUCAAUGGGCUUCCAAAGGAAUGGGAGGAACGAGUUGAUAGAGUCCACCAGCUAGUUUCGAGGGUUCCCAAUUACAAUAAGGUUUCAAAGCAAUAUGAGUUGGAUUUUAGAGACCGCGGGAGAGCUGGACUUAGAAUUCAGAGAUCGGUGAAGAAUUUCCAGCUUAAGUUAGAGGAGAGUGGAAAGCAGACGAUCUUGCAACUUGGAAGGGUGGAAAAAUCGAGAUAUGUAAUGGACUACAGGUAUCCCUUGACAGGUUACCAAGCAUUUUGCAUAUGUUUGGCCUCAAUCGAUUCAAAGCUAUGUUGCACAGUGUAAUGCACAUUUGUUUGGUCGGAAUAGAUAAGAGCAGUUCAAUCUCAGAACUCAGAUAUCUUAGGUUCAGCCUGUCCUCUUUUGGAUCCCUAGUGAUCACCUGGAAGUCAAGGGAGUGAUCAUUUUGCGCUGAGGCACAGACAGACUGUGGGUUGUGAAAGGAUCGGUGGAAGUUAAAGCGUGAAGUGCACUUUUGAUGCAGGGAGCUUGGUGAUCUGGAAACUUAGCAGCAGUUGUAAUCAGUACUCUUUUUUUCCCCAGUGAUAGGCGUAAUUGGGACCAUUUAGUCAUCAAUUCUUGUGCUGUAAGCAAAUUAGUUUGUCCACCAGUUGAUUUAAAGCCAUAAUUGCGUCAUGUUCGAACUCUAUUUUCCUACUGUUCAACCUCAACGGGGCAAAAUGAUUUGAUACUUUCGCUGCUAAUUUGAUGCCUAUUUGUUGAGCAGAA